CGUCACGGAGACUUGAAAUAACACACACACGUACGUAGACGGCAACGUUGAACUCAGAGGAAGUGGUAUGAGAGCGAGCAGCCUUGAAAGUUGCACCGAACGUAAGAUGCGCAUCUUCGAAGCAUCGAAUAUGAGUAUGAUUCGGUACAUAAUGCACUAUUUGUGACGUUAUAGUUUCGUGUCAUGGUGUUGCGCUACACGGCAGUUAGCGCUCUUCUUCUCAUUGUUGCCGAAUUUCCGGUUGGUUGUGCUGGCAACUUCGCGUUUCCGGACUUCAGUGCAUCGCGCACUGUUUCUCUGCAGGGGGUGUCAAACCGAACUCGGACGUGGCUUCGGUUGACUCCGUCGAAUCCUGGUGUUGUCGGAUCAGCUUGGUACAGCACAAAGCAGUCUAUUGUCGGUGGUUUUCGAACUGAUUUUACAUUCAGAAUCACUGUUGACCUUGACCCAACUUUUCCUGGACCGUGCAAAUGGGUUGAUCACGCACCUACUUCGUGUUCUCGGCGCGGUGGAGAUGGUUUUGCAUUUGUUGUCCAGAAUCAUUGUUCCAGAGCACUCGGUGGUGGAGGUGGGGGUGUUGGAUACAGUGGCAUACAGAAUGGUAUUGCUGUUGAAUUUGACACUUGGUUUGAUGCCGAUUUGCGUGAUCCGUAUGAGAAUCACAUUGCUGUGCUGACUCGUGGAAGAGACCAGAUUCGUUCUGAGCACGGCUCACAUCUCGGUGUCAGUCUGGAUAUACCUGAUCUUGCGAACGGAGAGCGACAUGAUGCGCGCAUUGAAUACGUCCCAUAUUUAGCUUCUGAAUCCACAGGGCAUUCAAGUUUUCAGGCUGCGCCACACCUUGCUAAGCUUGUGUACCCAUCUGCCUCUGGGCAAAUGCAGGGGCUUGGAUCUCUACGUGUAUAUGUAGAUGAUAUGAUUAACCCGGUUCUCAUUGUUCCUGUGAACGUUGCUGACUUCCUGGACUUGGAUGAAGGCACUGCAUGGGCGGGUUUUACGUCCAGCACGGGUGUUAGUUUCCAGAACCACGAUGUUUUGUCGUGGGCUUUUCAUGAGUAUGUGUCAGGAGAAGCUCCUCGUAGUAUUACGGGAGGCUAGUUUUCAAACGAGGUCUGCAAAAUGUAUUUGACAGUGUGAAGUGGUUUUCGAAGGGAGCAUGGCUAGACUGAGGUUUCACUAUUUGCGCGGCUAGUGCGCGCAGAUUUGGGGGAUCUCGUCAUUCUUCUUCUUACACGAGAUAUUUAAUGUAUUAUAAAUGACGAAAUAUUUUAUAAAUU